CCGCUUCGGAAAAUCUCUAGCGAGCUCCUUGGAGGGUUGGUCCGUCUCCUUCGGGAUUUAAGCCAGAUUUUCUCCGGAUUCCACCUUCUUCGUUGCUACUCUUCCCUGAUCGGCCGCUUUCUUGGAGCGGACUCGGAGGACUCGCUCCUCCGGCCAUUGCCAAGUCGAAACGGAGGUAGAAAAAUGAAGAUAUGGAGACCAAAGGCUAUCGCAGUUAUUCAGAAAGCCUAGAUAUGGAGAGGCGCUGGAGUCAAGGUUCACAAUCUAUGGAGUACACUCCUAAAGGAGCAGAAGAACAGUCCGAGGAGAGUAAUAACUACAUGGAGAUCGUAAAUGUGAGCUGUGUUUCUGGCACAUUUCCAAAUACCAGUUCUCAAGGAAGCAACAAAGAAAAACCUGAGCUAAUUUCUUGUCUUCAGCCAGAUCAUAGUCAGCCGGCUAUUUUACCCUCUGAUAUAAAAAUUGAACUAGACUCCAAGGAACUUUCUGCAACAGUAGCUGAAUCAAUGGGUUUAUACAUGGAUUCUGUAAGAGAUGCUGAUUUUACCUAUGAUCAGCAAAGUCAGCAAGGAAGCUUAACUUCUGCAAAGAUGUAUCAAAAUGUCGAGCAAUUAGUAAAACUAUAUAAGGAGAAUGGCCAUCAUACCUCUCCCUUGAACACCCCAAAUAGGUGCUUGAGACCUCUAAUAUCAGACUGUGCAAGCUCUGUGAAUGGUGGUAUUGUACCAUCUAUCACCAAAAGUCCUAGAGUGUGUCAAGAGAAGAAUUCUUCUGAUUGUAGUCCUCAAAGCAUGACUCCUUCAGUAUGCAGCCCUCCUAGAAUUAGUUCUGUAUCAUCAACUACUCCUACUAACUUUGCAAAUUUCACUGUAAAUAGUCCAGUAAACCAGGGAACACCUUUGCCAUGUUCACCUAACAUUGAAAAUCGAGGUUCAAUGUUACAUAGUCCUCCACAUACUAGCAAUGUGGGAUCUCCUCUUUCUAGUCCUAUAAGUAGCAUGAAAUCACCUAUUUCAAGCCCUCCUAGUCAUUGUAGUGUGAAAUCUCCAGUUUCAAGUCCUAAUAACAUAACAAUGAGAUCCUCAGUAUCCAGUCCUGCAAAUAUGAACUCAAGGUGCUCUAUUGCCAGCCCUUCCAAUGCCAAUAAUAGAUCCACUCUUUCUAGUCCCGCAGUAAGCACUGUGGGAUCUUCAAUGUGUAGUCCUGUAAAUGGUGUAGUGACCUUUCCGGCAUCUAGUACAUCGGUUGGACUUGGUGCAACUCAAGACAUGGUUCCUAGUCCAGAUUCAAAAGAGAAGAAAGGUGCUUCUGAAAUCAUAUUUCCUAAAAUAGAGCAAAUAGAAAAUGCCAUCCCUAUCAGUGAAGUAGCUAAUCAGAUGACUGUUGUUCAGUUUAUAAAACCUGAACCAGAAGGGAUAUUUAGUAGCUCAUGUCUUGGAGAAAAUAACAAAAUGAAUUCUGAUUCCCCAUUUUUAGUAUCAAUAAAGCAAGAAUCAGCUAAACAUUCUUGUUCUGGUGCUUCUUUUAAAGGAAAUCAUACCGCAAAUCCCUUUCCAUUUAUGGAUGGAUCAUAUUUUUCUUUCAUGGAUGAUAAAGACUAUUAUUCUCUUUCUGGGAUUUUAGGACCACCUGUUUCAUCAUUUGAUGGCACAUGUGAAACUAGUGUAUUUCCAAAUUCAGGUCUAUCUAUAGGAAUUAAACAGGAGCCUGAAGAAAACAAUUAUUACCAAGAAAGUACUCUACCUUCCUCUGCCAUUGUUGGAGUGAAUUCUGGUGGACAGUCAUUUCACUAUAGGAUUGGUGCUCAAGGCAGAAUAGCUUUAUCACGGCCUAUUGGUAGAGAGCAGUCUUUUCAGCAUAUGAGCUCAUUUCCUCUAGUGGAGUCAUGGAAAUCACAUUCUGAGUUGACUGGCAGAAGAAAUGAUGGGUAUCCAGUUCUAGAAUACAUUCCAGAAAAUGUGUCAAGGUAGGCUUGCUU